AUGACCGCAAUAACUUCAGCAAGAGGAAAGACAGAAGUGGUCAGUGCCAGGAGGACAGAAUCGCACGAUAUCCCRGAUAUCAUCAACCUCAUCCACAGCUCUACAAAACACACUUUUGGAAGGGUUAAUGUCACAUAUCUUUUAGAAAAAUCAAAUCUUGCUGUGACACUCAGCAAUGAGAAGAAAGAGGCUAUCGCCCAUGCUUUGUUUCUGGACUAUCCAAAUUGGAAUAUCACUGAUCAGUCUGACUGGGAAUCAUUCUUACAUGAAAACUACACUAACAACAAAUGCACACCUUUGAACACAUUGUUCUUGCAUCUUUUUGUGGCGAGAGACGAAUAUGCAGCUGGAUGUUCCCAAGAAAUUGUUAGGACAAUUUUUAAUGUAGUACCAGAACUACAAUUUGUUCUUCUCUUCAUGCCAGCUGAUGAGAAUUUAGAUUUGUCAUUUACAGACCCAGCCUUGGGAAAUAUUUUUGAAGAAAUGACAGCAGUGCCAGGCUGCACCAUGGAUCCAAACUUCACUUUGCUCGCCUGUCACAGGCAUCAAUACUGCCCACAGCUGUAUGUUCGCAAAGCAAGACUGGAAGACCAUGAUGAUCUCGUGCCAAUCUUGGCACGUCACAGCAGAACUCUGAAAGAAAUCUAUGGUGACUAUUUCCUUGUUGACCUCUUAGAAACUCAAGAUGAGGAAAAUCAGGCUGUUGUUGGUGAGGAUGGUGGCACUGCAGUGGGAUUCAUGAGCUUAUGCUCCACAGUAAAUAUCUCCUUGCUCCAUGAAUGUUUUGAUUUGGGACCCUUCCAUGGACUCUGUAAGCCACAUCCUGAUGAUAUUCUGAAGAUGCCGCUGGAACCAAACUUUCAAGAAGAUGAAGACGAAAGCAAGCAAGAGAGUCAAGAAGCAGAUUCUGUUUCAUCUCAAAACUUUGAACGUAGUGGUGAUCAAGAUGCAGCUAUUCAGCAGGAUGCGGUAGCUGUUCCCCAUACGGAGCUGCCGUUAGAUGAUGUCAGAGGCAAAGAUUUUAAGUUUGCAGCAACACCUGUCUUGGAGACUGAAGAAGAAGAUGCUUUUCGACCYGUGUACAGAGGGACUUCCAAUGUGUUCUGUAUCCGUCUGUUUUGUAUAGACAAGCAACAUGAAAGUAGAUCACUGGAUUUAUUGCAUUAUGCUUUCCAGCUUUUUCCGGACAAGGACUUCUGCAUCGUCCUCGUGCCCCAUCUCACACCCGAGUUCCAUCUGAUCCAGAGUUUCGUUCGAGUUGUCCCUUUCUGUACUUCCACAUUCAAUCAUGAGCUUUACCUCUUCCACCGUGUUGGAUUGCUCAAAUCAUUCCAUAUAAGAAAAGCAACAACCAAUGAUAUUCCUGGUGUUGAAAAGCUCAUUAAAACUCUUAGCUUGAAUGAAAGUAUAUUAAAUGACCUAAAGAUGUUUACCGUGGCUCGCAAGGAUCCAGAGGGGACUCCAGUGCAGGCGUUUGUAGCAGAAACUUUGGAUCAAAUAGUUGGCGUUUCUGUUAUUAAAGAUGAAAUGGAUAUUGAGUAUAUUCAUACACAUUAYAAUAUUGAAGAUUUUAUUAAUUUUUAUUACCACCAACGAGAGGAGCAUGGACAUCUAUAUCAUUUUGUGUUAAAUCCCAUAUUUCGUCACUAUACCAAACACUUUCUAAAGGAGAUUCUUCGUUUGGCCCACAAGUCUUCUCUUUACUACCCUAUUUAUCCACAGUAUGUGGAAGGCAAGUUUCAGAAUCCCUGUGCCCAUUCCCUGACAUCUGCCCUUCAUUACAUGGUUCCCGUGCGACCAAGACGACAGAUUGUCUAUCCUCUGGAAGAGCUUGGCAUCAACGCUCCGUCAGAGCAGGUCUCCAAGGAUCAGUUGGCCUAUGCUCUGAACUACACUGACCGAAAGCUGACGCUCGAAUCUAAAGUGUCCAUCAAUACGAGAAUUGUGGUGGUUGGUGCAUCCAAUGUUGGAAUCUCUUUUCUGGAAACACUUGUCUUUUGCCCGCAUCUGAAGUUUAACAAUCUGACCUUGAUUUCAGUUCAUGGCCUUCCAGGAAAAAACCCACCAGGCUCCAACCAUGGAAGAUUUUUAAUUAACAGCCACUGUUUUAAUGAUCAAGAUUAUGCACAGAUGUCACUUUGUUCCUGGGUUAAUGUUGUGGUUGGUAAAAUGACUGGCAUCAAUCGAGCUGCCAAAUAUGUAGUGGUCUCCAAGGGGAAAAAAGUGCCCUACGAUCACCUUGUUCUCUGCACAGGACAGCAGUACCAGGUGCCGUGUCCCACCGGAGCAGCUAUCAGUAAGCUCCCAACCAACCAUGAAGUUGAGGAGAAACAUCAGCAAAGGUGCCCAGGGGAAGCCCCUUCCAAUGUCUUUAUCCUGCGCGAUGACCAGGACUGCUUAGAGGCAAUGCACUGGCUGCAAGAAAACACGGUCAACUCGGAAGGCAACGUGAUUGUCUAUGGAGGCACCAUCGACGUCUACACCACGGUAGCCACGCUGCUGGCGCUUGGCAUUGGCGGCUCCCGCAUCCACGUGGUGCAGCCGCCCAGCGGCUCGCAGCUCACCUGCCUCAACGAGGGCGCUGUGGAGGGCGCUGUGGCGGCAGCGCUGGCCGAGGCUGGUGUGGCCGUCCACACCGGSGCCCUCCUGGCGGCGUGGGACGCAGGCGACGGGCCAGGCCGCGUCACCUGGGCCACCUUCACCACCAACACCAAGCUGCUACAGCUGCCCUGCUCCGCAUUUUUUAGCUUUGCCAAUAGGAUGGUGGAUUAUGAAACCUUCAAGGCAAUUAAUGAUGCUUGUCUCGUCUACGAUGGAAGGCUCGUCAUCAAUACUGACUUUCAAACGAACGAUGUCAGUAUCAGGGCUGCAGGCCCCUUAACCAAGUUCUCCAAUAGAUACUUUGCAAAUGAGUGGACUCACAGCAACUUCAAUUCAAAAGAGAUUGGCUUCCAGCUUGCUGUGUCCAUGCUGGAACUCCUUGAUCCAACCCUCGAGCCCCUUCCUGAGCCGCAGAAAGAUGGGGAUAGACUCAUCCCCAUGUACAAUGGCUGUGUUGUUAAAGGAGGUGUUUUUCCUGGAGGUUAUCAUUACUUGCAUAUUUGCAAACCAGAAAUCCCUAUAUGCCUGGACAUACGGCGUGCACAGCCUAAUUAUGGGAUGGAGAUUAUAACUGGAGAAGCAAGACAUGGGGAUUAUUUCAGGAUUCAUAUCAACGAAUACAGCAUGGUGGAGGCCAUCACUUGCUUUUCCAAGGAACCUCUUCCUGUCUCCAACUAUAUCUGCCUGUAUGGACAGCAUGAGCGUCUGCUGAAUGACCUCUGUGCCCGCUGGGACCAAAAGCUGAUUACAGACCUUUACAGCUACUUCAGGGAGCCUUGGUGCCUGGCCAUCUAUCACGAUCGGUUUAUUGAUCUGAAGAAGGACGUGCGGCAAAUCCUCAUGUCGAGCAAGAUGGAAGAUAUCUGCUGGUCGGGCUGGAGAGAAAGCGAGCAGAUGUCCUGCAGCAUUUAUACAGGUUUGGAAGAAUCUAUUAAACAAUCCAAAAGGAGUAUCAGGAAAUAA